UUUCUUUCAUCUCUAAUACUGACGUAGGUGCAAAACCUGGAAAAUUGUAAGGUGAAGUGAAAAUUGCAAAAAAAAGUGAAAAAAGAUAAAAUAUUUGGCAAAUAAUUGUGCAAUUUAAGUGCUGAUAAAAAUGAACAUGUAUAACGGACAGGUAAAUGGUUAUAUGGGAAGUGCACCCGCCGGUGGUAUGCCCAACAAUCGUAUGGGCGCUGGCGGCGGUGCUGGAAUGUUCCAGCGUAAUCGCUCGGCUCCCUACAUUCGUGGUGGACCCGGCGGUGGCGCUGGUACUGGUGGAUUCAAUGGAGGUCGCAUGAAUAUGGGCGGCCCAGGAGCUCGCGAUGGAGGAGGUUUUAAUGGUGGACAGAACAGCAACCGCACGUCCACUCAUGGCGCCCAUCUGCCAUCAAUUAUUUGGGCAGAGGUGUCGCUUACACCAUUCCGCAAGAACUUCUACAAGCCUUGUGAAUCUGUGUUGGCUCGCACUCAAGGGGAGACAGAAACCUUCUUGAGCAGCAACGAGAUAACUAUUAAAGGCAAUGAGGUGCCCACUCCUAGCAUUGAAUUUGAGGAGGGCGGUUUCCCUGACUAUGUAAUGAAUGAGAUACGCAAGCAGGGCUUUACCAAGCCCACAGCUAUUCAAGCUCAGGGUAUGCCCAUCGCAUUAAGUGGCCGUGAUCUGGUGGCCGUGGCCCAAACCGGUUCGGGCAAGACAUUGGCCUAUGUCUUGCCCGCUGUGGUCCACAUUAACAAUCAGCCGCGCUUGGAACGUGGCGAUGGACCCAUUGCUUUGGUACUCGCACCCACACGCGAGCUGGCCCAGCAAAUCCAGCAGGUAGCUAGUGAGUUUGGGUCGAACACUCAGGUGCGCAACACCUGCAUUUUCGGCGGUGCCCCCAAGGGCCAGCAAGCUCGCGAUUUGGAGCGUGGCGUCGAGAUUGUCAUUGCGACUCCUGGACGCUUGAUUGAUUUCUUGGAGCGCGGAACCACCUCGCUUAAGCGCUGCACCUAUCUGGUGUUGGACGAGGCCGAUCGCAUGCUGGACAUGGGCUUUGAGCCGCAAAUCCGUAAAAUUAUGCAGCAGAUACGCCCAGAUCGUCAGGUGCUCAUGUGGUCCGCCACCUGGCCCAAGGAGGUUCGCCAGCUGGCCGAAGAAUUUCUCAACAACUACAUUCAGGUCAACAUUGGCUCUCUGUCGUUGAGCGCCAAUCAUAACAUACUCCAGAUUGUCGAUGUCUGUGAUGAGUCGGAAAAGAUCGUUAAGCUCAUACAGUUGCUAACCCAAAUCUCUGGUGAGAAUGAGACCAAGACCAUCAUAUUUGUGGAGACCAAGAAGCGUGUGGAUGAGAUAACACGCAAUAUAUCACGCCAGGGCUGGCGUGCGUGUGCCAUUCAUGGCGACAAGUCGCAGCAGGAACGCGACUUUGUGCUAUCGAGUUUCCGCAAUGGACGCCACUCCAUACUGGUGGCCACCGAUGUGGCCGCACGCGGAUUGGACGUUGACGAUGUCAAGUUUGUGAUCAAUUAUGAUUAUCCUUCCAACUCGGAGGAUUAUGUGCACCGCAUCGGGCGUACCGGUCGUUCCAAUAAUACGGGCACUGCGUACACCUUGUUUACGCACUCCAAUGCCAACAAGGCCAAUGAUUUGAUUCAAGUGCUGCGCGAGGCCAAUCAGACCAUUAAUCCCAAGCUGAUGAACAUGGCUUCCAAUGCUGGCUAUCAGAAACGUGGUGGCAGCAACUAUCGCGGCAACACUGGUGGCUAUCAGGGGCGCAAUUCGCAAAUGGGCAACUCCAACAACUAUCGCAACAACCAGAACAUCAAUAACAACAACAACAUGAAUAGAAAUGGCAAUGGCAACAAUGGCUACAACCCGGCUGGUCCGCCGCGCUAUGACCAAAAGGUAUCGCGUAAUUCGCCGCCUUCUUCUGGUGGCUAUCGUCCGCCAGCCAUUGGCUAUCAGCAACAGCAACAGCAGCAGCAGCAGCAGCAACAACAACAGCAGCAGCAGACACCAUCACAGCAACCCAAUGGAGUGCAGUUCUCACGUUUCAAUCCGAAUGCCGCUUGCUUUGAGCCGAAGACCCAAGCUUCGGGCGGGCAGCAGCAUCAGCAGCCACAACAUCUGGCCGCUGCUCAGGCAGCCGCAGCAGCCGCUGCUGGCUAUGGCUAUGGCGUCGAACAGAAGCGCUCUCGCUUCGCCUUGAAUUUCAAUAUGCCACCACCACCCAUUACACACCAACAACAACAGCAGCAGCAACAGCAACAACAGCAGCAGCAGCCGCAGCCACAGCCGCAACAGCAGCCACAACAGCCGCAACCGCAGCAGUUGCCGGUGGGAGGAGCAGCCGCCAUGCCGCCACAGGCAUACGGACAGUAUACGAGCAUGUCCAGUAGCAUGGCGACAGUGUCGCUGAACGGAGGUGCACCCAGCAUAGCGGCUAGCGCCUAUCGAGCCCCAUACGCAAUGCCGUACGUGAUGCCRCCACCACCAUUACCCGUACAAAACUAAACUUAACAGUAACGCCAAAUUGUACGAGCCUAAAGGACUAGAUCCCCUAAGGGUCUAGGUUAAUUUCUGCUCGAAUAUAAUUUCCUUUCCAUCACUAAAAUAUAAAUACACACAACUCACAUACACACAUACACUCACACUAUCACGUGCAGACAAAAGAAAACGUGCACAUCAGCGUAUGCAACUUCGAGUAUAUUAAAGUCUUAGGCAUCAUCUAAGAUCCCAGACUCAAGUAGAUCUCCUCCGCCCACACAUAUUAGUAAUAUAAUAUGGUUUAAACUGGAAUCAAAUACGCUUGCAAUUUGAUAAAUUCACUUUUCGUUCACCUGUAAUCGCACAUACAUAAAUACACACGAACACACCAACACACUCUAACAUAAGCACAUACAAACACCACAAAUCAUUUAGUUAUAAGCAUUUGUUUUAGUCAGACAUUUGGGCAAUUCGGUUGCCAACUGAUUUAGAUUAUAAUUGGCCCCAGCGUAUUUGAUUUCUGUGACUAUUCUCGAAUAAUCAAUCCUAUUCAAUAAUCUAUAUUAAUAAUAAUGCAAAAUUGUAAUUUGCAAUGCUCCAAGCGACACUGAAACAGAGACAAACAAAUAUGAUAUAAUUUCUUAGAAUCAAAUGCGUGUUACAUCGUCUUAAACCAUAUUAUGUGACUAGUCUAAUUGCUUAGCUGAAACUUCACAACAACUUUCACAAAACAAUAGCAACAAGAACAACAAAAGAAUAAAUAAAAAUAACUAAAAUGUAUAAUUCCAUUUAAUGUAAACUUAUGAAUUGAUUUACAACUUAUGAAUAAAGGAGUUAAUUCAACA